CACCGCCUCGCUCUGCGCUCUGCUCUUGAGUCCCAAACGGAGGAGCCUGUGUGGUAGCGAAAAUAUCUCUGUAUUACCAGGCUGCAGGAUUUGGAUAUAAAUCACCACGAGUUCAUCUGUCACUUGUAUUGGAGACACUGAACAGCAGGCUCUGCAAAGAGGCUGAUAAAGUUAACGGGGCGAGUUUGAGGCGGAGUUUGGGGUGAGCUAGCCUGUUUCACGGCCAGUCACCACAAGCCCGCGGACCUCUUCCAGCUGCGGUGCAUCAUGGCGCUCCGAGCCAGGGCGCUUUACGACUUCAACUCGGAAAACCCGGGAGAAGUGUCGGUGAGAGAAAACGAAAUCCUAACUUUGUACAGCGAGCAAGACAUUGAUGGCUGGUUUGAAGGUGUGAACAGUAAAGGGGAGAGGGGACUGUUCCCCGCUUCCUACGUUGAGAUACUGAGGAACGACGCCACCUCCACGUACAACAACAACAGCUGCAACACAUCUGGAGAAACAUACCCGGACUCCCGUUACGCCAAUGUCCCCUCUGGAGACUCGUCAUUUAAGCCUCCGAAUAAAGUCGAAAACUUUUCCAAACCAAAUCCUCCGUCUUUCAGCACGUUUGCAGUGCCCUCUCAGCAACAGCACAGCCAGGGCAGUGACGAUGACUGGGACGACGACUGGGAUGACAGCUCCACUGUUGCGGAUGAGCCAGGUACAGUGGGGAGAUACCGAGACUAUGAAGGCAAUGGGUCCUCCACCUACAGCCUAUCCACCACAUCACACAGAGGGAACGCACAGGCCAAAGGCUCGGCCACGGUCAGUAGAAACCUCAACAGGUUCUCCACCUUUGUCAAAUCAGGGGGAGAGGCAUUUGUGCUUGGAGAAGCGUCUGGUUUUGUUAAAGAUGGGGAUAAGAUUUGUGUGGUGAUGGGACAAUAUGGACCAGAGUGGCAGGAAAAUCCAUACCCAUUUUCAUGUGCUAUUGAUGACCCCACAAAACAAACGAAGUUCAAAGGUAUGAAGAGCUAUAUUUCUUAUAAACUCACCCCUACCCAUACUCAAACCCAAGUGAACAGAAGAUACAAGCACUUUGACUGGCUGUAUGCGCGUUUGGUGGAGAAAUUCCCUGUGAUCUCUGUGCCCCACAUCCCAGAGAAACAAGCCACGGGUCGUUUUGAAGAGGACUUUAUCUCCAAGAGGCAGAAGGGUCUUAUGUGGUGGAUGAACCAUAUGACCAGCCACCCUGUAUUGGCUCGCUGUGAUGUUUUUCAGCACUUUCUUACCUGUAACAGCACAGACGAGAAGGCAUGGAAGCAGGGUAAAAGAAAGGCGGAAAAGGAUGAAAUGGUUGGGGCGAACUUUUUCCUCACAAUCAGCACACCAACCACGCCACUAGAUUUUCAAGAAGUAGAGAGUAAAAUUGAUGGUUUCAAAACUUUCACAAAACGCAUGGAUGACAGCACCUUGCAGCUCAAUGCUACAGUCAAUGAGUUUGCACGUAAGCAGAUGAGUGGUUUCAAGAAGGAGUAUCAGAGAAUGGGAUUUUCAUUCAAAGUUCUGAGCCAGGCUUUUGAAAUGGACCAGCAAUCGUACUCAUCCAGACUCAACCAGGCCAUCUCCUUCACUGGUGAGGCAUAUGAAGCCAUUGGAGACUAUUUUGCAGAACAGCCGAACAAGGACUUGGACCCCAUUAUGGAUUUGUUGGCUCUUUACCAGGGACACUUAGCAAAUUAUCCAGACAUCAUCCAUGUUCAAAAAGGAGCCUUGACCAAAGUGAAGGAGAGUCAGAAGCACGUGGAGGAGGGGAAGAUGGACCCAUCUCAGGCUGAAGGCAUCAAUGAGCGCUGCAACAUCAUCUCCUGUGCCACACUGGCUGAAAUCCAGCACUUCCACCACAUCAGAGUCCGAGACUUCAAGGCCCAGAUGCAGCACCACCUCCAACAGCAGAUUGCCUUCUUCCAGAAAAUUACCAGCAAGUUAGAGGAGGCUUUACAAAAGUAUGACAAUGCUUAACAGACAGAUCAUUGUCAAACUGGUGUGAAGACAUACAGACCUAUAGGGGAGCAUGACAUACAGUGACAUAAUCAAAUGUGCCUAUAAUGUGGACUGAUACAAAUGUCUGUGCCAUUUAUAAAUGGAAUAUGAAGUUACCAAUCCAACAAAAUUUCAAAUCUAGUAAUAAUGAAGGUGCUUAAAUUGUGUCAAAUGGUUGUUAAUACUGAAGGCCUGUUGCGGCAAUCCCAGGUAUUAGCCUUAUAACUCUAUUUUAGCACAGCAGUAAAAUGAAGGAUUAGCUCCUGUGGCUAACAUGCACACACUGCCUUCUGGUAAAUCCAUGCUGUGGAGUGCCACCCUAAGUUCUCCUUGUUUACAGUCAGCUCGCCAAGCAACCGCUGCCCCUGUCACGCGGUGCCUUUUGACAUUACUGUCAAUUUGUUUUUAAUUACUAAAUAACCUUAUAUACCAUUUUAAGAUAGAUACUAUUAUUUCAGUUUUUAGCAUAUAGUGCGCUGAUGCUUCACAGGUUGUGCAAUUUUAGGAGUUACUGAUUUCAAGCACACAGCGUGACUCUCUUGGGUAACAGGGAUUCAGACUCAUGCAAAAGACACUGAUUAUAAAAAGAUGAUGUCUCAUAAUGGUGUUGUCAUUGUUUACAGAUGAAGAGAUCUUUUAUUAAAGUUUUAUAGAUGUUAACCUGGUGUCACAGGAAAUGAAAAUAAAUUCAUUUGCUGUAAUCUAAAAUAA